GAACAGUUAGAGUCAGUCUUGCUGCGCCAGUGAACGUACAGGCUAAUUCUAACACAAUCCAAACAACCAAACGCAUUGAUUUCAAUCAAUUUUUCUGUUGCUUUGAAAUUCUUCAACUAUAGCAUUCUCAAGAAAUUUCCAGUGAGAACACAAUGGCUGAAUCCCGUCCACGUCAGAACUUCAGUAAGUGUUGUGAGGAGGGCAUCAACAAGCAGAUCAACUUAGAACUGUAUGCCAGCUAUGUCUACCAAUCAAUGGCUUAUUAUUUUGACCGUGAUGAUGUUGCCUUGAAAGGAUUCUUCGAAUUCUUCAAGAAGAGGUCUGAAGAGGAAAAGGAACAUGCUGAGAAGUUUAUGAAAUACCAAAAUAAGAGGGGUGGAAGAAUUAUUCUGAAACCCAUAGAAAAACCAGCCCAUGAUGCUUGGGGAGGUGGACUGAGAGCAGUUGAAAUAUCUUUGGACCUGGAGAAAGACGUGAAUGCAGCUUUACUGAAACUGCAUAAGAUUGCAGAAGAAAGUGGGGAUCCUCAGAUGAUGGAUUUCAUUGAAUCUGAGUUCCUUGGAGAACAGGUCGAUGACAUCAAACUGCUCUCUGACCACAUCACUAACCUUGAAAGGGUUGGCAAAGGUCUUGGAGAGUAUAUCUUUGACAAGAACCUGGACAGUUAAGCUUUGGAAUGUUUCCCACCAGAUAAGAAGUUUCCAGAUGAUUUAAACUCACAAUCAGAAACCUUACAAUGAGAAAGAAAAUAAUUCAGAAACCAACCUCAAAUGUGUUCCUUAACUUACCCUCUAGCAAUUAGAAUUUUUGGGGACCUGUAAACUUUAUAUUUAGAGCACAAACAUUUUAAUUUAUUAUAUCUACAUUACAUUUUAAUUGGUGCGAUUUUCGAUGGUCAUCUGGAGUAUUAUUCCUAGAUAUGUAUAUAGAACACAACUGCUUGGAAUUUAGCUCAGUACUAUGUAUAUAUCCAUUACUGAUGGGUUUGAAAAACUUGUACAGAAUGUUCAUAAUUCUGUCUCUUUUUUCAGUCCCUUCAGAAAAUAAGCAUUUUUCCUGAAAUUACAAGUAUUGGCAGUGAAACCCUCUACCAUACUGUUCCUCUCUGUUUCAGGAAAUUCCAAAGUAGAAAGACUCUAGUUUUUCUACUUUGGAAUUUCCUGAAACAAAAACAGAUUAGUGAGAGGUAUCAUUCCUGGUUUUACUUUGAGCUUUCCAACCACAAGUUUUGGUAUCUCUGGCAGCUGCUGACAAUCAAACAUCUCACCAAUUCCAAUGUGAUGACGAUGUAUAAGUUAUAUGUGUUUCAUUUCUGAAGAUGAAGUCAAAGGUCCACAAAAAUUGUAAUUCUAUUAAAAGUAACUCAGCCUCUCCGUUACCAGCACCUUUAAGAUCGGAAAAUAGUAAGAAAUCUCCCAGAUUUCAGCCUGAUGUAUGAUUACUGAAGUAUAGUCUGAGAAUCAAAGAGAAUAAAAAAAUAGAUUGUUUCAUUGCAAA